CUUGAAGCCGUUGAAACGGAAUGGCAGCGUCGGUGGAGCUGCGCAGGAUUUCCUUGGCGACACAUGGAUAAAAACAGGUCUAAAUCCGCUGUAAAGUGAUUUAAAGAGACCAUGAUCCGCAGGUCCAGGAUCAGCGUCCGGCCGAACGUAAAGCCUACAGGCAGGGUGCCGGCGACCUCUCGAGAUGCGUCCCAGGAUAAUCCCCAAGCGGCCCAAGCCCCUGCUGAGCUCGCUCACGAUGCAGGGGUCAAGCCCGCGGGUGAUGAGGUCAGGCCUGCUCCCUCUGCUCCAGCAGCGGAGCCGAAUAAUAGUAAUAAUAAUGCAGAAAUCCAGAGCGACAGCAUAAUGACUGAACCAGAGCUCAGCAAUCCUGCAGGGGAUGCUGCAUCCCAAAACACCACCCCCAGCUCUGCAUCCAUGAGUGGCCCUCAACGGAGAAAGCGCUUUACUGUUUUGCCGAACUUCACCAAACCCCGAACUUCCUCUGCCCCUGCUCCCACUCACACCUCUUCCAGGACCCCCAAAUCUCCUGUUAAAGCUGCAGUAUCCACCCCAGAACCUCCUGAGACUACAGCCCUAGCCCCUGCUCCACAGGCCGCGUCAGAAAGUCGAGGUAAAAGGAGGCUCUCUGGAGGAGGAAGGCAGCCCAAAGCCCGGCUCAAACCGGUGGCUCCGCUUCAGGUUAGCUCAGAGGCUCCUGCUGCCUCUUUAGAGCAAGACCGGGGGCCGCCAUCGGCCAAUCAGAAUGCAGGAUCUUCCUGCCCUUCUGAAGAAAUCCAGUCAGAGCCUGUAGCCCCUGCUGGAAACCUGCCCCAGUCUCACCAGCCCCAGUUGGUUCCGUCAGAAAAAGAGACAGUUAUACAAGAGCAGAAUGAUGGUGUUUCUCCAGAGAAAAGUCGGUCCAUUCCCCAAAAAGAAAACGCAGAACCCCGCGCCACAGCGCAUGUACCGCAGGCCCUGAGGACCAUCAAUGACCCAACGGACCGACUCAGGCUAGCAAAGGCCAAGAAACUCAGGGAGCUUCUAAAGAAAGAGAUGAAUAAAGACAAGCAGAAAGAAAAGCACGAAAGGCCCAAAAUAGGGAUCAAAGAGCGGAAAUCGGCAAAAGACCACACCAAGAUGACCAUGAGAGAGCUCAUUUACUACCUACCUUCAACCAAUCCAAUGAAGUCUUAUGUAGAGGAGGAGCAGAGAACAAGUGAAACUGUGUUGCCUCCUCCUCCAAAAGCAGCUCCUACAGUGGCCCCACCUGUGCCCCCAGAGAGAGGCGAGGAGGAUGGUGAGCAAGAGGAGGAAACGCCAGGCAGUGAAACCAGAGAGGAGGAACCGUUACUAGCCCCCAGAGUGAAGGUGGCAGAGGAUGGAUCAUUGAUUAUAGAUGAAGAGAGUUUAACUGUGGAGGUGCUGAGAGUUAAAGGCCCGAAUCCAGCAGAGGAGAGGGACCCCAUAUUUGAGCGUGGAUCCACUACAACCUACUCCAGCUUCAGAAAGGGCACCUACACCAAGCCCUGGUCCAACAGAGAGACGGACAUGUUUUUCUUGGCCAUCAGUAUGGUGGGGACAGAUUUCUCCAUGAUUGGCCAGCUGUUCCCUCAUCGUGCUCGUAUAGAGAUUAAGAACAAGUUUAAAAAGGAAGAAAGAGCCAAUUCCUGGAGAAUAGACAAGGCAUUCAAGGAAAGGCGGCGCCUGGAUCUCGACUUCUUCAACAACCUGCUGGAGAAGAUCCUCAAAGACGAGGAAAAGAAGCGCAAGAAAAAAAAAGACACAUCCAAGUUGCCCAAAGUCCCUCGCAUCCCACAGAGAAAGUCAACAGUGAGGAAGAAGGUCUGCUCUUCUUCAGGCUCAGAAGAGGAAAGCUCGGGCAGUGAUGUGAUGGAAGGAGAGAAGGAGAAUGAGGGCGUCUCUAACGAUGGAGGGAGCACCACCACUCCCAUCACACCCCGGAGGAAAAGUGCGAAGAAUGAUACAAACAAAGCAGCUGAGGUGGCUGAUACAGAAGAUGCUGAAAACAGUGCAGUUGAAGGACAAUCACCUGUGGACAGGUUGCAGCAGCCGAAUGUGACCGUGGAGAAACCAGAUUUGGCGAGUUCUGGCAUUAAACCAGCUCAGCUGAAAGGCCGAGCCCAGAGAGCGCUGCCUAACCUGGAGCGGAAGUGGAGAAACAAGGGACCAGCCCUCCUAAAGAAAGCUCAGGACACACACACCUCAACAGGGGAGGAGAAGCAGAAGGAAAAAGGUUCAAAGGUCUCCUCAGCCUCAGUAUGGGAGAAAGAGAAAAGGAUCGCUGCUGAUAUCAUUGCUUGUGGGUUGGAGGAUUCAGAGGAAGAGGAGGAGCCUGAUCUCACUGCAGUUCAGGAGCACAUUCUCAACAAGCCAACCAGGUCAGGGAGGAUACCCAAGCUGUCCCAGCAUGUGAUCCGCGCAACAGCAGAUGAAGAUGAAGAAGAGGAGCCGGAGUCAUUGCCCGUUCCUCCAUCUAAAGCUCCAAGCUCAAAUAACUCCGUCAGCAAGGCCCGAAAGAAGCCGGGCCCCACCCUCAAACGGGGCAUGCCCAGGAGAGGCAAAUCCAGGCUGGUGACGUUAAGGGCCUCGGCGGCUGAAGAGGAUGAUGAUGACGAUGAAGAGGAUUAUGACACAACUCAGGAUGAAGAGCAGUAUCGCUCAAAUGCAGCGGAGGAGGAGAACCAGGCAUUUGUGCCGAUGGGCCUGCGCUCUCAGCCUCAGGUCCACACAGAGGUGGAGGAAACCAUGGAAGAGCUGGACAUAUCUGUGAAUGUACCUGAUGUCCUGGGAAUAUCCCAGAAUGCUGUGUGUCCCGAGUCUUCCUGUGAGAGAGGCUCUGUGCCCUGUGAGCAUCAGCUCGACCUGCUUGUCGAUGUGAUUGAGUUCCUGGAUCCAGAACACAUGGAAGUGUCUGAGAGUUACGCUGAAGCAGCCAGGACACUGCUGACCAUCGGAGCCUCUGGUCAAAUGACUCCAGCAAUACAGGCACCCAGCACAGGAGAGGAUGUCAUCAUCAUUGAAGAACCGUCACGUUUUGUCCAACAGGACGUUCAGCAGGAAGUCGUCUUAGAAACGACUGAACACUCAGAGGUUGGAGACGAAAGCUGUCAGGUGGUGAUCUCUGAUCCUUCCGUCAGUGUCGCAUCAGAAUGCAAGGAGGGUCUUGACCCGGCUAGUAACGUCUAUGGGGAUAAUCUUGACCAAGUUAUUUCUAGAGCUGAUGUUGCAGAACCUUAUCAGCAAGACUCCAAUUCAACAAACGAGUCAAUCAGUCCACAGGAAACUGAAAUUUUGCCAAGCAGCAACAACUUAGAAAUGAAAACCUCAGAGCAAACUGGUUCACGCAUGCGUAGGAACCGUCUGCUCAAACCCAGACCAAACCUGGGUCGAACCUCUAGAUCCAUAAAAACGCAGCAGAAGCCGAUUUCCCCAGCGAAAGGCAUUGUGACUGUAGAGAAAUCCACUGUCGUUUCCCUGACAUCUUCAGUUAAAACAACUGCAGAAGCCCAGAUGGUUGAGCGUAACCCGAUGGAAGCUUCGGAAAGAAAAAAUUCCGAAGAGUCUGAAAAAGUUUCUGAAGACAAUGAACAAGAUUCUGCUCACACACCUGCUGUGACAUCUCAGAAUGAGUUAGAGGAAAACGGCUCAGCAUUGCCUGACCCAAAAGCAUCUGUGAGCCGAGAAGAAAAGCCGGAGGGUGAAGUUUCUGAAGUAGAAAUAUGUGUGGAAGAAGAGAAAAUGGAGGCAGGAGAGCAGAGGCUCCAACAGCAGCAGCCACUAAGUGGUAAUGAGUCUUUAGCAAGUUCUUCUAUUUCUGAAAGCUCUGUGCCGCCGUCUCAGCCCCUUCGAAGGUGUCGUGGACCCAAACCUAAACCUAACCUGCUUCGCAGCUCCAGAACAGCACGCCCUCACACUGAACAGAAACCACCGCAGACAACAGAAGUACUUGGUGCGAAGGAGGCUGCUGUGAAGUUGUCUUCAGACACUUUAACUGACACUCAGAUACCAGUGGAGGCCACUAGCAUCAUCACAGAGCCAGUCAUCUCGCAAACUCAAGCGCAGCCAGAAACAGAAGCGCCGAGUAACGCUCUUAUGGCCGUCCACACUGCAAGUCCAGAGGAACUGCCCAGAGGAGUUUCCACACAGGACUGUUCAGACGCAUCUGAGAUAAAGACUGGAGGUGUUAGUGAGGAGGUUAUUGAGUGUGUGUCUACGGAAGCGUCUGAAAUCUCAGCUGAAGUGUAUUCUGCUGACCUCCUGCUGGAGCCUGACCUCGCCUCUGAUGAGCCUAUAUAUAUUCUGUCUCUCUCUGAAGUACCAUCCACUUUUGCAGAAAGGGAGGAGUUUUCUGCAAAAUCAGAACUGCCAUCUGAACCCCAGAGUAAUACUGCUGCUAAUGUGGGAGGUCCAGGCUCAGAUGGAGAUCAGGUCUCUCACCUCCUCCUGCCUGACUUAUUUGUGCCCGUCUCAGAGGAGCAAGAGGAGAAACAGAUGGAUGUGGAUGAAAAAGAGGAGGCCAAAGAAUGUAGUAGAGAAAAUGAAAAGAAAGAAAACGAAGAGGAAGACUUGAACCAAAUCAGCAAAAGAGGACAUUCUCUUUUAACUCAGAGGGAAGCUGCUGUGGAGGGCCUUGCUGAGCAUGUGGUGCCCUCAUUAAGCUCUGAGGCUGAUGGAAGCAGCGAGGAUACGGCUUAUCCUGCUAAGAGACGAAAGCUACCAGAGACGGGCAGGAGAGCUAAGCUACAGAUCAAACCAAACCCAGUUCAGAGAAAAAGGCUCUGCGGCCUCGCUGCAAAAGAGCUUCCACCAUUGCCUCCAGAGGAGACGAGCUCUAUACCUGCUUCAUCACAACAAACUAUGUUAUUGUCUGAAGAAUCUUUACCAUUAACCAGUUUAACAAAGGACACAGCUUCGACUUCAGUUUCACCAGAGGACGUCCAAAUUUCUGACACUUUAUCUCAGCCUGUCAGUAUAGAGACUCUGCCUUCCCAGACUGCACCUGAUGCCUUGUCCCAAAGCACUGUAGGACAGGAGGGGCCCCCAGAGACAGAGGCCCUGGAGUCUGCUAGUUCAGAGGAAACAGAAGCCAGUGGGUCAGGGCCAGCGUCACAGCCUGUCCAUCAGGUCACACCACUGGCUACAACUGGUGUUCUUACUAGACCUGGUAGGAGACCUCGAGGCUUCCUCUCCUUCAUGUCGAGUGCAAGCACACAGGGGUCAUCAUCAGCCACUCGAGGAGCUGCGGCAGGCCCUCAGAGACCGGCUGUAAACACAUCCCGUUCUGAAAGGAGAAGAGCCACGCCGGGGCCUCUUACCUCAGUCAGCAAAUCUGCAUCUCCUUCCCAAAAACCCUCCAAAGUUAAUCCCCCUCUGACCAGCAGACAGCCUACUGUCCCAUCUGCUUCGACUCCUGCUCCUGCUCCUGCUCCUGCUCCUGCUCCAGUUCCAGCUCCAGUUCCAGCUCCAGAGGUUAGAGGGCAGUCUGAGAGCCUGUUUACAAACCCAACUGCAGAAGAGGAGCCCACCAGCGUUUCUGCGUAUUUCUUUAGCGACAUUUUCACCGAGGUGGACGAACAGGAGGAGAUGGAGUGAGGGAUUGACUUUUGUCGGAAAAUCUGAUAAUGAUGUGGCUGAAUGGAACAGGGUAGGUAGCAGGUACCAUUUUAUCGUCGUCAGAAACCCUCUAACUUUUUUUUUAUUAUUAUUAGUUUUUUUUUCAUGCUAAGUUAAGAACGUUUUCUUUCUUUUAUUAAGUUACUGUUCUUUCCUGGCUUACAUGCUUUUACUUGGCAUCCACAGUAUUUCACUAAUUGUUAGCCACAUGGACAGGUUUUAGGUGAAGUCUUCCUUCGUUUAAAACAAAAUAAACAUCCUGCACACCUUAAAUAUGGAUGAUGGAAGUGAGGCCAGACUCUGAAUUAGGAAAAAACACUCUUAUACUCAGUGUAAUAUUGUUAUAAUUGACUCAGUUAAAAAGUACUUAUUCAUGUUUAUCCGAUCAGUAAAAUUCUGCUGAAAUUUGAUUGAGGCGUGGUUAUUAGGCUGUUAAUCCGUGAAUGAAAAUCAAGUAAAACUUUAUACCUUAAAGCUAUUCAGAGCCAAAAUAGUAAUGCAGUUUACUCUCAUUUCACUUCAGUUGACUAAAGCAGUGGUUCUCGAAAUGGGCCUCUGAAUAGUCCUUUUUAAGGACUGUUGUCUUUUUUCUUUGUCUCUGUACAUUGUUGGUUGGGUUGGAGCAAAAAUGUGAAUCGUCUGGGGCCUUGAGGACUGUUUGAGAACCACUGGAUUAAAGUAGUACUCAGAUUUUAUUAACGUUUUAAACAUCGGCUGCAGCUGUGUGACAGUGUCAGAUACCACAGACAUUGAUUUUGAAGCAUUUUCCUGCCAGAGAAAACCUGUUGAAGCUAAAUACUCUUACAGGCGAAGCCAGUGGGCAGAUAAUGAAGCAACUGCCAAUUGGCUUCUUUCAUAAGCAGCUUGUUUUCUGUUCUUUUCUGAGUACUAUAAUAUUUGGCCAUGGUUAUUGACCCUAUGCUACAGAUGCAGCAGGUUGUGAAAUGGUUAAUUCAUUUAAAUUGUCUAUCUGGUAUUUAUUUAACCAGAGAUUCCCCUAAAUAGUUUUUAUUUAUGGCCAAAUUAUACAAAAAGCAUCUCUGUACAUUCCUGCUCAUGCAGUCUUGCCUUCAUCCUUCACCAUCUGUAAUUAUUAACCUAAAUAUCUGUUCCCAUUUACAGACUGAAUAAGUUGCAUUUCUUGCAUAAUCCAUUAGAAUCGCUGCUUCAUACAGGGUGUUCAUCUUGCCUUGCUUAGGUUUGUUGCAUAUAAUUUUUUUUACCAGGUUAAUUUGUACCAUCAAUUCUGAAAACACUCAUGAUGUACAGAUUUUAUGCCUAGGUUUUAUUCUGUAGAUGUGUACUUUGUAUUUUACAUUGUUCAAAUUGAUGUGCCACUUUUCUGCUGCCUGUCUGUAAAGUCACAAACCGUAUCGAUUAUAGAGUUUUCAAUGUUAUAAAACAGUUGAAUGAACUGCAUCAUUUUCCUGCUUCAGGUUCUCUAUGAGAAAGUGUACGAAUUGUAGAUGUAAAUAUGUCAAUAAAUUUUGAUGCCUUACUUGUAUUUUA